AUGCGCACGCUCAGUUUUCUCCUCGCCUUCUCGCUGGUAAGCGGCAACGACCUGAACGACUGCCGCUGUGCUUGGCUUGGACUCGACAAGGCGCAGCGCCUCGCCAUCUACCAGGGGCAGCCGCCGGAACAGCCAUCAAACGGCGCCACAGUACCAGCGGCUUGGGCCUGCUUCCAGAACCGCAUCUAUCAAGAAGGGUGGUCCUACCUGGAAGUGGAGACGAACCCCAGUGUCGAAGACGGCAUCCAGGCAUACGCCGCCGGUGCUCUCGAGGCACAUUUGACUCGUCAGCUUAUGGACAAUCACUGGUUGAACAUGUUCGGCGGGUACUGCCGCGGCAACAGCCUUUAUUGCAGCCGUCUUCGCCAGUUCUUCGACGCCAACAUCGGUUUCUCUCAGGGAAUGCAGAACUUACACCGAGAGACGGACUCCUACUGGCGCAUG